GGUCAUUGCUGAAGGUCUCGUGUGCUCUUCAAAAUCCAAAGACAUGGUUAACAACAUACCUCUGGGUCCCAAUGCUGUUAGUGUCGAAGUAGUGAAGGUGUUCAAUGAUCAAGCAUAUUUGUGGAGGCCAACCGCUGAUAUGUUCUUGAUUGGUGAUGCACUUAGCGAGAAAAUAGCAUGGCCAGUCCUAAAGGUUGAAGUCAUGCCUACACCUGCUACAGAAGUAACACCAACUAAAUGUGCAGGGAAGAAAAUAGCAUCACCUUCGAAGCCAGCCAAGAAAAAAGCAGUGAGUCCAGGCAGCACUAGUUCGACCAGAAGUCCGAAGCAGAAGUGCACUCUCUUGGAUUGCAACAACUCUGGACGUAAGGUAGCUGAAGGAAGGGUAGCUUCAACGGAUCCGAAUGAGUUGUGCCACUUUGUACCCCUAGGUCCAAAUGCAAGCAAGGUGUGGAUUGAUGUGGCUAAGAUCGGUGAUGCAAAAGUCUGGAGGCCAAAUUCAGAGAUUGAAUACAUAUCUGAUGCAAUGGGUUCGGUUGUGGCAUGGCCAAAUGACAAAAUCAAGUUUGUCUAAAAUUGUCGUCUGAAACAUUUUUCAAGUUGGUUCUCAUCGGCUAUGUAUUUCUAGUGUGUGAUCGAAUGUUUAGGUACUUUUUUACUCGGUUGAAAUCAUGUAUGAUAUUAUGUAACAGUUAGCAGACAAAAAAACAAAAAUUAUGUGUUAUAUUAUGAUAUAAGGUUAUGUGUGAAAAUGUUUAGCUUGUUAACCCCUAUACCCUUAAGUGCAUAAUUUUACAUUAAACCAUAAGCUUUAAAAAUUAAAUCCACAGACGGGAAGACCAAAAAUUAAAAUC